GCUGCACUCCUUAUAUGGUCAUUGUACGUUCGGUCCUUUCAUUCCGUCUUUUUAUGCUAAUGUAUUCUAAUGACCAGCUGUAUGCGUUAGUAGUACAGAGCAUGCGCAGUGUGUGAAAAGAAUACGGCGAAGAUUCAAAGUUUUUGUUCAGUUUUCCCCUAUAACAUUGACCAACAGAAAGACUAUGUUUGGCUUUCAUAAGUCAAAGAUCUACCGGAGUAACGACGGCUGUUGCAUCUGCAAGACCAAGUCCUCCAGUUCACGCUUCACAGACAGCAGUCGCUAUGAAGAGACGUUCAGCCUCUGUUUUGGCCUGUCAGAAGAUCGUGUUGGAGACAUUUGCAAUGCCUGUGUGCUGCUGGUGAAGAGAUGGAAGAAGCUACCUAAUGGCUCCAAGAAGAACUGGAACCAUGUGGUGGAUGCCAGAGCUGGGCCAGGCUUCAAGGUGACAAAACCCAAGAAGAUCAAGAACAGUGAUGGGAAGAAGAAAAGCAAGUUAAGGAAGCUUCACAAGUUAAAGAGACAAACAGACUCCGAUGCCCACAGCACAACCUCCAGCGUGUCUCCUGCGCAGUCCCCCAGUUACAGCAACCAGUCGGACGAUGGCUCAGACAUUGAGUCCAAACAAAGACGCACGACUCCCUCCAUCUUCUCUUUCUUGGACCGCUCUUACUGGAAAAGGCAAAAGGUGUGCUGUGGGAUUGUCUAUAAGGGGCGGUUUGGAGAGGUGAUUAUUGAUCCUCGUCUCUUCAAGCCCUGCUGCAGUUCCAAAAAACAGAAGACCCUGGCAUCUACACAAGUGGCCACACACCUUCCAGACACACUUCCUCCACAGCUCCCUGAAGAUGCUAAAGAAACCUGGUGACUGCUUUUGUUGAAUCUCCCCCUGUAGGGUUAUCCAUGGCAUCCACCUGGAUUUGUCUCCAGUGGCAGACCUCCCCAUCUCCACUCCCCCAGUUGUAUCGGUUAGAUUUUUCUUUUCUGUGUAAUAAUCCUAUUUUUUAACUUUUGUAUAGAGUUGAUUUUUUUUUUUUUUCUUUUUCUUUUUAUAGAAAGCAAAAGUAAAAAAAAUGUGUUAUGGGCAUUAGUGUUAUUUAUAGGAUGAGGAAGAAAAUUUUGUUGAGGCUCACUUUCUGAUUCUGAAUUGCUUUUGGUUAUUUUGUUUUAAGUGAUGUUUUGUAAAUAUAUUGUCACUUUUUUCAUACAUAUCAAGACUGUUCUAUUUUUUUCAGAAUUUGUUAAAUUGUAAGUGUGCAAAGACACAAGCUAUUUCUAAUACCAGCUUUUUUAUGUGUGCGUUGGAGUGGCUCUUCAACAUGUCGCUGCAAUGUUGUCUUAUCUGUUUGCUCCAUAUGUGCUAAUGUGUGAGUCUGUAGGAUCUAAGAAUGGAUGUUGGUUACACCAGGGAAUAUUGGUUCAACUGUACAACUCUGAAUUUAAUUAACUUUUAAGGUGUGCAUAAGAACAAAUCUCUCUGACAUUUUCACAGCUUAAGCAUGCCACAAAUUUUAAACACUCCACGCAUGCAGUACAUUCCUCUGUGUUUUGGAAUGACAAAAGUGAUUUUAUUUAUUUCUUUUGUACAGCCUCCAAUGAAAUGACAAUGCAUGUUGUAAAGCAAAUGGUUUUUUAAAAUGGAUUUUGUAAAUAGUGUUUUGGCUCUUGGUACAUCCUAACCCUUUUUAAAUGACAGAAUGGCAAACCACUACUUCUGUUUUAAAGAGAGAGAAAAAAAUUGUGUCUGAAAGGUGCUGAAAUAUGUACUUGUAUGCUAAGCCAGUUAAGUUUUAGCACAUUUU